GUACGCGCACGCGCACCGUGUUCCUUUCUCUUCUUGCCGUAUCAUCGACGUGUUUUAUACUUUAUCAUACUUAUAAAGACUCCUUUUUAUAUUGUAAAUAACAAUCCCCCCAGUUUAUAUAUAACACAACCUCUCUCUCUUUAGGAGAACCGCCUCUCUCUACUCACUCAAUGACUUUGCCGGCGCAAGAAGUGAUUCGAAGCGCUAAACAAGUCUAUAACCAUUUAGACCUGCGUGAUCGGAUUCCACUGCUCGCCUGUCAUGUCAAGAAUUGUCCAAUCGAGGUGCAAAAAAUGCAAAACCUAUUUUUGACAGACAAGAGCGAAUUCACCAAAGUCGUUCGUGAAUUUCUGCAAUGGUCUCCACCGAAAGGAACGAAAAAAUCAGUUCAAGACUUGACUACUCGACUCGACGCGGCCAUUGACGCAUUUUGUGCCCUGAUUAUUGACGAUGACACAUCAACACCACCACCUGCAUCUACACCACUGCCAAACAAAGCACCAACGACUACGGCAACAAAAGGCAAACGACCGGCAGAUUCAGAGGCCGUAGUUGUAGCCUCAAGUGUACUUGGACGUAGUGCGAAGCGCGUUCGGUCAAGCAGCGUUGGCAGCUCAGCAAGCUCAAAUGGUUCUACUGUUCUCGUAUCUCAAACGUCAAGCGUGGCCAGUACAAGCACUACUACAAGUAGCUCAUCACCACUCACACCACCCUUAUCCCCGUUUGAACAGAGCCAAGCGGAUGCAAUGCUUGGAAAGAGCUGUAGUAGUAACAGUAGCUUUAAUACUGCCACAACCAACAACAGCAAAUCCAACAUCCUGUACAACCCACCGCGUGGCACCAAGUGCUAUGACGGCGUACCUUGGGCAGUCCAGUACGAAAUCGCCAGAUUCAUCACCUCGUGUCACAUCCAAGACCUCACAUUUGAAAUCCUACAACGAUUCCUCGAUGUUGCCAAAGCAGAACCACGCAACUUGUUUCAAAGCAUGAUGGAAUGGCAUGGACUCCGUAUGGGCGCCACCACCACGAAAUCCGCAGCCGUAUAUGGUCUUAUGGAACGAUGCUCGGACCAUGUGUGGACGCAUCUCGAAAAAAACCAGCAACAAGAAGAGCAACAGCAACAGGAGCAAAUCAGCACUAGUAGCCACAAUCGAAUGCUUCAUUAUAGUGCAGUCAUCGCAUUAACGAACGGCAAACCACCAGUCAUCGAACUACGUCCACCCAAAGUAGCGGCAUCCAAUCGAUUUUUCCGCAAGUACGGCGACGACCGGUUCUUGGAACUCAAGCUGGACCGAGGCACCCAUCCAGCCAUGAUCCGCAAACACCAGGACUACUUUCUGAAACCGUUUUUGCUGAUGGGUCGAACUUAUCGCUUCUUGUUCAUUAAGGACGACAAGGUUAUUUUGUUCGCAACGGAAGGAUCGGACCUGGCCGAAACAAUGACGAUCCGGCAGGUGAUUGACUGGCACAUUCCUAUUUUGGACAACUGGGACAUGACCAUCAGCAAGUUUUCGAGCCGCAUGACGCUGGGUUACAGCAACAGUAUCCCGACGCUGACGUUUGAUCCGGACAAGGUGCAAUACAUUGACGAUAUUUACUCGGAUGCUCUAGAUGGUGAUGGUAAUGGUAGAGCAAGCGGUGGUGGCGACGAAGGGUGCAUGACCGAUGGUUGUGGACUGAUUUCAGUGUCGGCAAUGCGCAAGAUCAUGGGCUGUGAACAUUCGGAUACGCUGCCGUGCGCUGUCCAGGGCCGUAUUGGUGGUGCCAAGGGCAUUUGGAUCGUUGAGCCAGACCUGGACUUUAAUUCAGGCGACUGGAUCAAGAUUCGAAGAUCGCAGCACAAGUUCAAGACUGGCGUUUUGCAAUACGACAUGAAAAUUGAUCCGAUUCAUUAUACAUUUGACUUGGUCAAGAACUCAAUAUGCGUUUACCCGUCGAACUUGAAUACUCAGUUCAUCCAAUGCUUGUCCUCCGGUGGCGUGCCCGCAUCCGUCUUUGUUGACUUGUUGCAUGAAUAUUUGCAUCGAUUGACAACAGUGGUGACGGAAAAUCGCAACAUUCGGCUGCUACGCGACUGGAUUGCCAAGACCGGAUGUAUCAUGCGGUCACGAUGGGAAAUGGAGGAUACGGAAAAGGACAUAUGGCGCGAACAGCAGUCGGUCGAUUCGUCAGACGAUUAUCUGGAAGUCUACAGUCCUGGCGAAGAUUAUGGUACUUCGCUAGAGGGUCGGUUAAGCAGUAGCAACAGCAGCAGCAUUAGCAGCAGCAGAUCGGUCGAAAGCGAUUACUGGAAAAUCAAUUCGUAUUCUGGUUUGCCAGCGGCAUUGCACGAAUCAACCGUACGGUUACUUGACUCUGGAUUUGAUUUAUCGAAUCCACACGUCGCCACCAAGGUGACACAUAUCUUUCGCGAUGUGAUGAAGUCAGUCUGUACAAAGUACAAGAUUGAGGUGCAGCAAUCGUGCACAGUAACGUGCAUCCCUGACCCGACCGGGAUUCUUGAAGAAGGAGAGGUCUUCCUGCAACUGUCUAAUCGUAAAAUCGACGAAAAGACAGGAAUCCCGGCAGGCCUUGUGACAGGUGAUGUGAUUGUCACUCGCAAUCCAUGUGGUCUUAAAAGCGACAUCCAAAAGGUCAAGGCCGUUGAUCGUCCUGAACUGAGAAUAUACACGGAUGUCAUCAUAUUCCCAAUCAAAGGCAAACGGUCUCUUGCAAGCUAUCUGGGUGGAGGUGACUAUGAUGGUGAUAUUGUGUUUUGCUGCUGGGAUCAGCGAAUAGUUGAGCCAUUCAUAGGAUCUGAGAUGCCUGAUGAACCAGAACAGAUGAAGACAGUUUUUGAAAAGAACGAGACGCGUGUACGACAAGAGCUGAUCCGACAUCGUGACGAGAACGCACAAGAACAAGCACUGCAAAAACACUUUAUUGCAGUGACCGUGCCGGACGGUACAUUGGGACAAUACGAGAACUGGCGCACAGUGCUAUCGGAAACAGUCGGCCUGGGCAGUUCCGAUGUCAUAUAUCUGUCACACAUGUGCGCCAAGUUGGUGGAUGCACCCAAACAAGGCCUUGCACUCAAACCCAGCGUAUUGCGACGCGACCGCAACACCUUUGGCAAAAUCCCAUAUCCGCAAUGGUUCCAAGACAAGCGCAAUCGACAGCGUGAGAAAGAUUUCCGCUCCUACCAAGAAGUCAAUCAAGACGUGACGCUGCGUGAGAAAUCGCGUGGCACGGCUAUGGACCAACUCUACGACGCACUCCUCGAAAAAACCGACGCAUUCACCCGAUACACGCGUAGCAUGUUCGACGAACAAGAUGUGAAGUACAAGGACGCGGAUCUUUAUGGCCCGUGGGAAAAUGCCGUGGCCAUGGCGCAAAAGCUCAAGGACAAACUUUUUGAUCAAGACCUAGCGAAGAUCAAGUAUCUGAUCAAUGAACAGUUUGAAAACUAUACACGCGAUGUGAAAGAACUUGUACUGCGCCGUCAGCGAAAGACAGACAGCAGAUUCGAUCCUGCAAGAGCGACAGAACCGUUCUUGAACGACUACAACCAAUACAACACGCUCUUUGAACUCGAAGAUUACUAUUCACGCGAAUUCUUGACGACACCCGAAACGGUUGCUUCCUCCAUCUUGCAAGUCGACAAGCAGGUCAAUGGCGAACAAAUGCUGCAGGCGAUCAAAGCAAGCUAUGCGUAUCUGCGAACGGUACAGAAUGAAAAAUAUUCAAAGUUCUGCUACAUUGUUGCGUAUGAUCAAUUACGAAGACUUAAGGCUGAUGCACGUUCCAAACAAACAAGCAAGAUGAAUGGAUACAGCGAGCCUGUGGCGCCAUACAUGUACACGGCUAUGAACCUCGACCGCAGCUGGAUCCGAAAGAUCAAGGAGUCAAAAUCGGCAGCUGACUGUGGCACAGCACAGGUUCGUCUAAGCAUCGAUAGCCAUCUGUCCGCCGUACUAGCAGAAAAAACCAAGAAUGAUUUUGAGGGUCCUUCGUCAGACGGUGACGAUGAUGACGAUGUUAUUGCGCUUGGUAGCCAUCACGACAAAUAAAAAACCAUAACCUUUAUUAACCUUGGUAGCAACUUUAUAGCACUGAAAACCCCACUCCAGCCACGCAUUCCCCUCGUUUUCCUUCAUCCUUCGCUCAGAACACUCACUCAUACCCCCUCUUAUUUGUAAGAUAAAAGCAUGAAAUACAACUUGGCU